AUGGAGUUGGACUUCCAGAUGACAGGUUGUAGUCAGCAGCCUCAGACAUCUCGCCCCAGCCUCGCCCUCACACUGCUCAAGAAGGCUGCAGUGGACAGGACGCCAUCCGAUUUGUUCGAUAGCACGAACCCAGACUGGGCCCCGUCGCUGCAUCUCGGAUACAGCAUUAAGCAAGCAGAUGCGGAUCGCUACGAGCGCAGCGAGCAACGACGGCAGAGAAAGCGACGUGCCGAGGCCGCUGAGCCGGCCGCGCCGGCCGCGUCGGAACAGCCGUGCGGCGUUGCCGCAGCCGUGCCUGAUGUUCCCCCAUCACCACAGCAAGCCGAGGAGGUUGACGCCAGAGAAGAAGAAACUGGUGUUUAUGUGCAGACUGACAUGGCCAUGAGCGACAUCAGGGCGUUGGAAGAAGAAUGCAUCAGACUAAAUGACUGCUUGUACACUGAGCCUAAGGUAGCUUACUACACAGGGAUGGCAAGUUUCACAAUGCUGCUCGCGGUUUUCAAACUGCUGGAACCAUUUAUAGCCCAUGGUGUCAACAACAGCUUAACAAAAUUUCAAGAGUUCUUCCUUUUCCUGAUGAAGAUCAAGUUAAAUCUUCAAAAUGCUGACCUCGCCUUCAGAUUCAAUGUGUCCGAAUCAACUGUGUCCAGGAUUUUUGACAAGUGGCUUCAUGUUGCAUACUGCCGUUUGAAGUCCCAAAUUUCAUGGCCUGAACGAAGUGCUCUCCAGCGUACCAUGCCGCAAGCUUUCUAUGAUACAUUUGGCAGCGAUGUGGCUGUCAUCAUUGACUGCUUUGAGGUUAAGAUCGAAAGGCCGUCAUCAUAUUUGCCGAGGAGUGAAACUUGGUCGACAUACAAGGGAAGCAACACUGCAAAGUAUUUGAUAGGAAUUGCACCACAGGGUGUUGUCACGUUUAUCUCUGAAGGAUGGGGUGGUCGUAUAAGCGACAAGCACAUCACAGGAGCACUGCGGGCUACUGGACAACUUGCUUCCUGGUGACGUUGUCCUUGCUGAUCGAGGUUUUAACAUUGCUGACAGCGUGGGUUUCUACUGUGCUCGCUUACAUCUGCCAGCAUACACUAAAGGUAAAAAGCAGCUAUCGGCAGCAGAAGUAGAAAGUACAAAGAGGCUCGCAAAUGUGAGGAUUCACGUGGAGAGAGUAAUUGGACUUAUUAGAAACAAAUUUUUGCUGCUUAAGUGUGUUGUACCAAUUGACUAUGUGACAUGCCGACAAGGUGAUAACGUCACUCCACUAGACAAAAUAGUGACUGUCUGCUGUGCGCUGUCAAAUUUGUGCCCUUCCAUUGUCGCAGUGUUGAAGGAGUCAAGCACAGAGCACGCGCCUGUAGGUGUUGACGAGUGCCCAUCAUAGCUUGUGAUUUAUGCACAAGGUCAAGAAUCGGGUGCAGAUUCAACGAAAAUAGUUCAUUUCUGCCUCCUCUCACUAGCCAUUCAAUUGGCAUUUGUUCAGGGGAUGGAGCAUAUAUGUCCCCUCAUGCUUGAUUUCUGAUGGUGUUCGAGUUCUUUAUCCAUGUUUAUUUUUCAUCAGCCGCAAAUCAGGUACUUGGAGAUUAAUUUCAGCAGUUGCCGUGGCUGACAGAUGUUUUCCUUUCGUGUUUGCUUUUUU